UGACCCCCUCCCCACCGUUCAGCAUGGACAACAGGAAACGCCUGGCCUAUGCCAUCAUCCACUUCCUGCACGGCCAGCUCCGCCACGGGGGGCUCUCCUCAGAUGCCCAGGAGAGCCUGGAGGCCGCGGCCUACAGCAAGCUGGGGAACUACACGGGGGCUGUGCAGGACUGUGAGCGUGCCAUCUGUAUAGACCCGUCCUACAGCAAAGCCUAUGGCCGCAUGGGCCUGGCCCUGUCCAGCCUGAACAAGCACGCGGAAGCUGUGACCCACUACAAGAAGGCCCUGGAGCUGGAUCCGGACAACGAGAGCUACAAGUCAAACCUCAAGAUCGCGGAGCUGAAGCUCAGGGAGGCACCCAGCCCGACCGGGGCCACCUUUGACAUCGCCGGCCUGCUUAACAACCCAGGCUUCAUGAGCAUGGCUUCAAACCUCAUGAACAACCCUCAGGUCCAGCAGCUCAUGUCUGGGGUGAUCUCCGGCAGCCACAACCCCCUGGGGACCUCUGGAACCAGCCCCUCUCAGAAUGACCUGGCCAGCCUCAUCCAGGCUGGCCAGCAGUUUGCGCAGCACAUGCAACAGCAGAACCCCGAGCUGAUAGAGCAGCUCCGCCGGAACCAGGUCCGCAGUCGGACCCCCAGUGCCAGCAACGACGAGCAGCAGGAGUGACGCUCACCCCUGCGGGACCGUGCCUGUCCUUCGCAGCCUGGA